AUGCUAACUCGCCAGCGUCGUCAUACGAACGCCUACGACCCCGACGAUUCCUUCUCGCCUAGCGAUGACGAUAGCAGCAAGGGUACCUUCAAAUCCAACGACAAUGUCUUUGAUGUGGACGAAGAUGAAGACGGCUCGGACACCGACGUUACGGACCUUGAAGACCUCGAGGAGAAUGCCCAACCUGACGUCGACGACCAGAUCAAGCUGUUUGGCGGGAAUCUCCACCCGCCUGAGUACUGGCGGAAGGCGGUGGAGGAAAUGAACGAAAGCGAUUUCGAAUGUCAAGAUUACAGUCCUUCGACAACGGCACUACUAGAUAACGUUGAGGAACAGUGGCUCUUGUAA